GAGGCGCGGCUCGCUUCGUUCCCGCCCCAUCCCGGCCCGGCCCGGCCUAGCGUGCAGCGGCAGCCAUGGCGGUGAAGGCCCUCAACCCCAAAGCCGAGGUGGCUCGCGCCCAGGCCGCCCUGGCGGUGAACAUUAGCGCGGCCCGAGGGCUGCAGGACGUGCUGCGGACCAACCUGGGCCCUAAGGGCACCAUGAAGAUGCUGGUGUCGGGGGCCGGAGACAUCAAGCUGACCAAAGAUGGCAACGUGCUGCUGCAGGAAAUGCAAAUACAACACCCCACAGCUUCCUUGAUAGCAAAAGUAGCAACAGCACAGGAUGACAUCACUGGAGAUGGUACCACCUCAAAUGUCUUAAUCAUUGGAGAGCUGCUGAAGCAGGCAGAUCUCUAUAUUUCUGAGGGCUUGCACCCUAGAAUAGUAGCAGAAGGAUUUGAGAUCGCAAAGGAAAAGGCACUUGAAGUCUUGGAGCAGGUCAAAGUAACCAAGGAAAUGGACAGGGAGACCCUUAUAGAUGUUGCCAAAACGUCCCUUCGUACUAAAGUUCAUACUGAACUUGCUGACAUCUUAACAGAGGCUGUAGUAGAUUCUGUUUUGGCGGUCAGAAAACCAGGUGAACCUAUUGACCUUCAUAUGGUAGAGAUCAUGGAGAUGAAGCAUAAAUCAGAAACUGACACCACGCUGAUCAGGGGGCUGGUUUUGGAUCAUGGUGCUCGCCAUCCUGACAUGAAGAAAAGGGUGGAAGAUGCCUAUAUUCUUACUUGCAACGUAUCUUUAGAAUAUGAGAAAACAGAGGUGAGCGCUGGGUUCUUCUACAAAAGUGCAGAAGAGAGAGAGAAACUAGUGAAAGCAGAAAGGAAGUUCAUUGAAGACAGAGUGAGCAAAAUCAUAGACUUGAAAAGAAGAGUUUGUGGUGAUUCAGAUAAAGGAUUUAUUGUGAUUAACCAGAAGGGAAUUGACCCAUUUUCCUUGGACGCACUUGCAAAAGAAGGAAUUGUUGCUUUGCGCAGAGCUAAAAGGAGGAACAUGGAAAGACUGACCCUUGCGUGUGGUGGUACUGCUAUGAACUCUGUGGAGGAUCUCACUCCUGACUGUCUGGGACAUGCAGGUCUUGUCUACGAGUACACACUGGGAGAAGAGAAGUACACCUUCAUUGAGAAGUGUGACAACCCUCGCUCUGUUACCCUGUUGAUCAGGGGACCGAAUAAGCAUACACUUACACAGAUAAAGGAUGCAGUAAGAGAUGGUCUGCGUGCUGUUAAAAAUGCUAUUGAGGAUGGGUGUGUGAUUCCAGGGGCAGGUGCACUGGAAGUGGCAGUAGCUAAUGCUCUUGUUAAGCAUAAACCCAGUGUAAAAGGAAGAGCCCAGCUUGGAGUUCAAGCUUUUGCUGAUGCUCUCCUCAUCAUUCCUAAGGUUCUCGCUCAGAACUCUGGUUACGAUCCCCAGGAAACACUGGUGAAAGUUCAGGCAGAACACGCAGAAUCUGGGCAGCUCAUUGGAGUUGACUUGAACACUGGUGAGCCAAUGGUAGCUGCAGCAGCUGGAAUCUGGGACAAUUACAAUGUCAAAAAGCAACUACUUCAUUCGUGCACGGUGAUUGCUAGCAACAUUCUCUUGGUGGAUGAAAUUAUGCGAGCUGGAAUGUCAUCUCUGAAAGGCUGAAUUGGAUCUGCUGUUGGUGGUGGUGGUCAGCUCCAGUAGUGCUCUCUGGAAUGCCUUCAAGAAGUCCACCUGAAAGUGCUUUUUUGAGCCACGGUGGAUUCUCCCAGCAAUGGAAGUCACUGCUGUAACUAGCAGCACCUCUUUGGUAAAUGCGGCCACUGAAAAUAUUAGCAACUAUGGAAAUAUUUGGUUCUAAAAAAGCAGUUAUUUAUUUUUAAUUUCUCUGAAGUGUACAACUGAAGUUGCUGUCCUUUUUACCCAAUAAACUGUUAUGUUCUGUG